CCUUAUUGCGCAUGUCUGUGACGUAUCACACAUGUGCAAACAGCGCGCCAAAUUCAUUGAACUACAACAACAACUUUCUUCAGCACCACUUUGGAAACCAUGGGGCUUCUGGAACGCUGUCGAGAGUUGUUUGGGACCACGGAUCUUUAUGGAGUUCUCGGAAUCUCGAGACAAGCGAAUAGUGCGGAGCUCCGUCGCAGUUAUUACAAAGUAUCCCUUCAAGUGCACCCAGACCGAGCUCCUGAUGACGCGCAAGCCACGGAGAGAUUUCAAGUUUUGGGAAAGUUGUAUGCGGUACUGAGCGACAAAGAGCAGAGAGAGGUUUACGACGAGCAGGGCAUAGUGGAUGAGGAAAAUGACUCACUGGAUCAGAACCGCAACUGGGAAGAGUACUGGAGGUUGCUGUUUCCCAAGAUUACAGUACAGGAUAUAAUUGACUUUGAGAAGAAUUACAAAGGCAGCGAGGAGGAGCGGCAGGAUUUGAUGAAGCUGUAUCGGCAGCACGAAGGGGACAUGGAUGUCAUCACGGCCACAGCACUGUGCUGCACUCAAGAGGAUGAACCCCGAAUAGUCAGUCUUAUUCAGGCGGCCAUAGACAAGGGAGAAGUCCCUACCUACUCAGCGUUCGCGCAGGAGAGCGAACAGAAAAAGAAAACACGCAAAAAGAGGGCUGAGAAGGAGAAACAAGAAGCAGAAGAAAUGCAGAGAGAGAUGGGACUGGAUGCUGAGGACAGCCUGGCUAUGAUGCUCAAGCAAAGGCAGAAGUCGAGGGAGCAGGGGUUCAACUCAUUUCUGGCAGACCUGGAAGCAAAAUACUCAAAACCAACUAAGUCCAAGGAUGGAAAGAAAGGGAAAAAUCUAAGGGACCUCCGAGAUCGGUUAUGAUGUAUACACGUCGUUCACUCCCACGUCCUGUAUGGCUUCUGGGAACUAAGGCUCAAAUCACAAAAGGCUUUUCAGAAGAUAAGAGGGGAAAAAAGAGAUACCUGUUUCCCACUAUAC